CCUCUUUUAAAGAAGCCUUUUGUUACAAGGUGGAACCCCCUGCUUGCAUUUCAUUGCCUCUCCUUUUCAAUUGAAGUCUGCACACUAUGGUUGCCAAGUUCGAACUCGAGCAAUGGCUUCGAGCAUGCGAAGCAUACGAUCGAGAAGAUUACGACCAAGCAUUGAAGCUGUUUAUUGGACUAGCAGAUACUGCUAAAAUGCACUUCAAUAUCGGGUUGGUGUUAGCAACAAUAGACGACUAUCCACGAGCGCUAGCUGCCUAUAGCAAGGCUAUCGAACUCGACCAAUAUUUUGCUGUGGCCUACUUCCAGCGCGGAGUCUCAGCAUUUAUUAUCGGUGACAUGGACCUAGCAUGCGCAGCUUUUGAUGAAGCGUAUACGGUUAUGCGAGGAAACAACAUCAUCAACUAUGGCCAAUUAGGCCUUGCCUUCCACUUGUAUGCCUGCGAAGUUCUCUUCAACCGAGGUAUUUGCAAAUUGUACAACAACCAAGUCGAAAGUGGACUCAAAGAUUUAGAAAUGGCCAACGCCAUGAAGUUGAAUAACGAACACGAUAUCAUUGAAAAGGCAUUGAAAGACGAAGGCAAAGGUUACUCGAUCUUCUCCAUUCCUUCCAAAGUCCUCUAUCGCCCGCCCAAAAGUCGAUUGGAACACAUGGAAAUGUUUGCCGUAGCUGCCGAGGUUCACUCGGAAAAGAGCAAUGGCACGAGGCAGAACUCCGUCAUUAUGGAUCGGCCACGCAAACAACAUCGUCUGAAUUUCAAGUCAUUGAUGACUAGACCGUCUUAUAAGAUGGUGGCCAAACUUCUGCCCUCUCGUUCAGCAGGCACUGAACUAUCGCCGGAUAAAGCCUACAAAGAGUUCAUGCCGCCACCGCCACCUCCUUUCAUAACCAACGAUUCUCAACCCAGACCUUCAUUAUCGGCUCCGAACCUUUCCCAGCAGCAGCGAGAGUCCACUGUCUUUGCCGUAAGUCGCAAGAAAAUCAAAGACGAUGAUUAUAAGCAGUUGCAGCAAGAGAGUAUAUGGAAAACCCUUCCCACUAGUCCAGUGACUGCACCUUCCAGCCCUGAUGAAGAAAAGACCUUGGCCAUGAUCAGCUUAGAGUUCCCCAUACCUGACGCCAACAGCACUUUGACGCUGGAUCCAAGGAAUGCGCAAUUAAGAAAAGACAGCGGUUUUCAUUCAGAGGACAGUUCUGGCGGUAAGACGCCUAUAUCUGACACCACCAUGGAUGAUAGUCGAUCGCAUAGCCACCAUGAUGAUGAAGAUGUCAUGGGAUAUUACGAGACGAACCACCACGAAGGAGACGUAUUUUCCACAUAUGAAGCGUUACGAGAUUUACAAGACGACAUCAAUAUGAAUGUGAGAUUGAAGAUCAAGCUUCACUUUGAUGAUAUGCGAAUCUUAGUGGUACCUGCUACUGUUUCCUUUUCUGAGCUGGCCGAAAAGGUAAAAGACAAAUUUGAUGGCAAAAAAGACAUCAAGUUGUUGUUCAAAGACGAAGACGAUGAAUUCAUCACCAUGCAAGACGAAACCGAUAUCAUGCAAGCACGCAUUGCCUGGAAAAAGAGACAAGAGCAAGCUGGUUCUGUUCCUGCUGAGCAUUCCAAUCCGGAGAAACUUGAUCUAUGGUGCCAUGCUUGUUGAAUAUAGCCCUUCCGACAUCCCCCUCCCUUUAUGUAACUACCUAUGCUACCCUUCCGUGAUAAUGUACCAUUUAAUUGCAGUCUGGCCCCAUGCGCCUCUUGAGUUCCCUCCUUUAUUACACACCACUGCGUCUCAACAGAAUGCUAUAAAAACUCCAUUUUUAGAAAGAGAAAUACUAAGGGCUGUCAGUUAUUGCCCCACACUCGA